AUGCCUGCAUCUCCUAUUUCUGGGUAACAUAUAUAAAUGGGCCAGUUUUUUCUUACGGACUUAUUUUUAUACAUACUAUAUGCACUCUUAUGUACGUAGUCGUAUUCUCAUAAAUCUAUAAGCAACUCACACGGUUCUUUUAGAUAUAAAUACAUGGUAACUGCAACUGCAACUAAACCUAAGCCGGCUUGCUAGCAGAGUCUCUAAGUCUAAGUCAAAGUUUUGUUUGUGACUAAAACGCAGCACGCGUUUUAGAACAUGUUUUUAGUAAGCUGUCGUUGCAAAGUGUCAAAAGUGAUAUCGAUACAAUAUAUUGUUUCCUUAUUGCCUGAUGCAUUACUAGGAAGUGGUUUGGACAUAUGCACACAUACACAAAUACAUAUAUGCAUGCGAACAUACACACAUACAUACAUAAACAAGCGAUUUCAAUGUAUGACUUUCGCGAAGUAAAAGUUCAACGAAAUUUCAAAGUCUACAUAAAUAUACUCAUACAUUAAACUCUUAUGCUCUUAUAUUUAAAUAAUUAUCAUAAUUGGAGAACUUCAUAAGUUAACUCAAAUUACUAAGUGACACAAGUAGCAUAAAGAUGAAAAUUGCAGCUCGUGAGUAAUGGGGAAGACACCACGUUUUCUUUUUUGCCCUUAAAAACAAAGAUGCUCUCAAUUUGUUUCGCAUUGUAAGCGUGUCAAGUUCAAAGCCGGCAUAUAGCGACUAAAAAUUUUCCCUAAACUUAGCUUAAUGUAAAUCUCGUCACUAUGUCUCAUCAAACUGCUCGACGUUCGGAAUGCCCCUUGGCGUCGUUGGGUCGUACCGGUACUGCAGUUAUUGACUCACUUAAUGGCUUACAUCAGUCUACUUACCAUCAUCCUUUAAGUUCAAGUCCCUUAGAUCCUCAAGUAUAUCAAAUGUCGCGGAAAUCCCCUGAUUUAAGCAUUGAUACUGACGACAUCAUCUAUAGCACAAAUUCGUCUGUAUUACAACACAGCACGGAGACAACGACGGGUGGAAUAAAAGAAAAAGCCAAUAUGACAGUAAAAACCAUUCAAAGUGGAUCCGCCCAAUUGUACAAUCUCUCGAGAAGCUCGUCACAGAGUUCGCUAGAUCAACCUGGAUUAAUAAAAUGCAAAGCAGCAAAUUUUGAACUAAGAAAUGGAAAUUAUAGUCUUAAUGGGCAGUCAUCUUCGUCUUCAGUUGAUCGCACAACACAACAGCAACAACAAAAUAGAUCAGAAAUUAAUUCUAAUCAGCAGAGGAAUUUUUUGGCUUUAGGACAUCUCAUCAAAUAUGGAUGCCAUGAAAGAAGAUCCAAUAAUAGCGGUGAUACCGAAGACUCCAGUGAUGCCAAUAUCGGUGGCAAUGGUACAAAUCAAUGUUUACAACGUCAACAAGGCGUGUGUUGCAGUAUAACUUCAGGACCAUCCAACGGCGCACCGGCACUCAAUUCAUCUCACUAUUACUUAGAGAAGAAAAUGGACUCGUUAUAUUUAGGAAGAGCGUUACCUUUAGGCUCCGAAGCAAGUAAUUAUCAAAGUGAACGAUAUUACUUGGAGGAUGAACUUAGGACUAUGGAUAACUUUAAUGAAAGUAAUGAACGGGUAAAGGGCGGAUGUCUUAUGCAUCACCAUGGGAACUCUAGCCCUAGCGAGACAAGUGGUUCGGAUCGUUAUUUGUUAAAUCGAACUAACUCCCCUGCGAACGCUUUCAGCACCUCUAACGGUUUAGAAAACUAUUCUUGCUCCAAUAACAACAAUUCUUCGUCAUCGAAUUUAGUUCUGGAUCAGCGUUAUCAUCACACGAAAGUGCAGAGACUAACGGAUAACCUAUGUAGUUUGGGUAGAUUUUCUCCUAGCCUUGAUCAAGGCUAUGCCACUUUGGUUUCACCCUCGCCCACUGGUCAUCAUCCACAUACUAUUACCACGCAUAGUAUAGUACAUCAUCCUCCUCCAACGACAGUAGCUGCUGCAGCGGCUGUUGCUCGUCGUCACAUUGAGACUGGGCCGCCGCCCUGGAAUAAGAAAGGUCCUUAUAGAGCAGGUCCCUAUUUUGAUCGAUUACCCGAUGACACUAUUAUGAAAUUAUUCAGUUGGUUUGAAAGCUGCGAACUAUGUAAUGUGGCCCGGGUAUGUCGACGUUUUGAGCAGUUAGCUUGGCGGCCACUCCUUUGGAAGGUAAUCUCUCUUAAAGGUGAACAUCUGAACGGUGACAAAGCACUGAAAAUGAUAUUUCGUCAGUUGUGUGGUCAAACUCGGAAUGGAUCUUGCCCCGAAGUAGAAAGAGUUAUGCUUGCUGAUGGUUGUAAAAUCUCAGAUAAAGGUUUGCAGCUCUUAACAAGGCGAUGUCCCGAAUUGUCACAUUUACAACUGCAGGGAUGUAUAAACGUCUCAAAUCAAGCUCUCGUGGAUGUAUUAACUAAGUGCACAAAUAUUCAGCAUCUCGAUGUAACAGGAUGCGCGCAACUAAAUGCAAUCACUCCUAAUCCGAGCCUAGAUCCUCAACGUCGGUUACUGUUGCAAUACUUAGAUUUAACCGAUUGCACAUCUAUUAACGAUGCAGGUUUAAAAAUAAUUGUUAAAAAUUGCCCUCAACUCAUUUACCUUUAUCUGAGACGCUGUGUACGUAUUUCAGAUGCGGGCCUCAAGUAUGUGCCCAGCUUUUGUAUUGCUCUGAGAGAGCUUAGCGUUUCAGAUUGCACCGAUGUUACGGAUUUCGGUCUCUAUGAAUUGGCGAAAUUGGGUGCUGCUUUACGUUAUCUUUCCGUAGCUAAAUGUGAUGGUGUAUCGGAUGCUGGCCUUAAGGUUUUAGCAAGACGUUGCUAUAAAUUGCGUUAUUUAAAUACGAGGGGCUGUGAAGCAGUUAGCGACGAUUCAAUUACAAUUUUAGCACGAUCUUGUCCUCGCUUACGAGCCCUAGAUAUCGGUAAAUGUGAUGUGAGUGAUGCUGGUCUACGCGCUUUGGCGGAAAGUUGCCCAAAUUUGAAAAAGCUGAGUUUGAGAAAUUGUGAUAUGAUCACCGAUCGCGGUGUCCAGUGCAUAGCCUACUAUUGCCGAGGUCUCCAACAGCUUAAUAUACAAGAUUGUCAAAUUUCAAUAGAGGGCUAUCGAGCCGUCAAAAAGUAUUGCAAACGUUGCAUCAUUGAGCAUACAAACCCGGGGUUCUGUUGACCCCGGUCCUCUUUGUGGUGCUGUAAGAAAUUUUCUAUAUUUGAUGAUUUGUUUUGUAGAAAAUUUUGUAUUGGUUUUUGUUGAAGGACCCAGAAAGUAUUUAGGCCUCUUUCUAAAUUGUGCAUUAUUAGUUGAACACUAUAAGUCAGAUUUUUUUUAAUUAGAUUACCAUAAAUAUGAUUAUACUAUAAAUUAAAUUAAUUUUGUAAGCAGUUAUCUUUACGGAGAUUUUAGUUGUAUGUAUACACGUAUAUAUAUAUAUAUAU